AUGGAGUUCCAGAAAUUUCCGGCCGACUCAGACACCAUCGAGCGGGCAGAGUCAGCGACACCACAGUCCACCACUCGACAGGCAGAAAGACAGCGUGAUAAAUCACCGGAUGUCUUCGUAGAUAUCCAGAGUCUUGAGAAUUGGGCGAAUGUCUCAUCUGAGAUGUAUCCUGCGCACUUGCGCCACACCCAUCAUCCGAUGCCAAAUGCGAGACUAGAUCAUGAUGUAGAUAUAAUCGACACGAGCAUGCCUCCUGUCGCAUUAGGUCUUUCAUUGUUGGAGAUCUACUAUGCAAGGAUAUGCAAUGCUCCUGUCCUGUUCUGCAAAGCACUUCUCUUCCAAGACUACUUGGCUGGCGCGAUACCUGGAUAUCUACUCAAGGGAUUGUUUGCGAACGCCACACUAUUUCUCAAUCCCGAGAAGGAAGAACCCACCGAAUCGAUGUUAGCGCCAGAACUAGACGCUCUGAGGAUGUAUCGAAAACAUGGACUGACCUGGGCGAGAACUGCCACCGAUGAAGCGAUGUGUUCCUUGGUAGCAAACUCUUCGUUAGCUGCUUGUCAAGCGCUCGAAGUCCUACAAAUAUACUGGUUCGCAGUGGGCAAUUCUAAAGCUGGCGAUCUCUGUCUUGCUCUGGCACACCGUUUCUGCGCCAUCUCUGGCUAUGGUCAGCAUACCAUAGGUACCAGCGUGGACGCAGCUCGUUCGCUUAACUUGGAACUGCAACGGCGCUGCUUCUGGGCGUGCUGGAUCUCCGUUUGUGUUGGCGCAGAACCAGCGGCUUAUCUCAAGUCGGCGUGGUCGGAGGCAUCCAUGAUUCCACUUCCCGCUAGGAUAGUUCCGUCCUUGUCUGGAUGGGAAGUAACGCCAACCGAGGCGAUGAAUGAGAACUGGCGAACAGUCCUGCUCGAUUCUGGGGACGACGAAACGAUAACAACAGUGGCAGCAGCGGGAAUAAAAAUGGUUGGAAUUUGGGCGAAGAUCCAGCUAUUCGCUCGGUCGUGCUCAAAAAUCCCAUCCAAACUGAGGAUUGACGAGAUGUCGACACUCUCAGACCGCGCAAAGUUAACAUACGAAGAGUCCAUAACUUCAUCCUACCGCUUGGCCCUCGAAAAAGUGGGCAACUCAGCAGAUAUGCGAGCUUUGGAAUUCUUUGACGCUCUUUACCAUAUAUCGCAGAUGACUCUACAUUCGAAAAUUGUGCCGUUCUUCUCCGGUUUCGCAGCCGAACCAUCCAUACCAGUCGAAGUAUUUCGGAACAGCGCAAAGACCAUGCUUCAUCAUGCAGAUUUGUAUGCAAAGCUCGUGGGUCCUUAUUUAGAUGGAACUCGUGAUGCCACAUGCUUGCCCCCACUUCUGGCAUUUGGAGCUUUUCUGGCCGCCACGGUUUUUCUUGCAGUUGAGACUUUUGCUGAACGGAGAGAUGAGUAUUAUGAAAGAAUUGAGUUUGAGGUUAAAAGGAGGAGAAUCGCGGCCCUGAAAGCCACUAUCUGCCUGCUAGACAAUCUUCGACAAUACUGGAAACCAUUACAGCCCCCAUUUGAUAAACUUUCUGCUGCUGUCCAGGCAAGCCCUCACUGGGAUUUUUGGACUAGAGAGUCUGAUAGGAGAUCGAUAGACAAAGUCCGGAUGAGAACAGAGAGACCCGAUGCCUCCGAAGGGAAGUUUAGCUCGAACAAUUCAUCAACGCUUGCCGCAUUCAAUACAUCGGUACAAGGGGACCAUUUCCAGGAGGGAUGCAACUUUGGAGAUGAGAUUUUCCUUCAUUCUGGGCUGCAAACUGAGGCUGUAAGAGAUUCAGUAUCUGAGCCAUACCAACCAGCUGCUUUUCAAGUCUCCGAUAACAGUGGAUUUGAGGACCCUGGAACAAGAACAGGGACCAUUCCCUGGUUGCAUAUCAACAGAGCUGAUAAUGAGUGGUGGAAUCUCCAAUUAAAUGAGGACGAUGACAAGUUGGAUGGCCUGGAUUGGUUGAAUUUCUCGAAUAGUGAUACCUGGACGUACCUGAUAUAA